AUGGAAGGAAAAGAACAUACCAGGGACAAUAACAGAGACCAAAAGGGGGACAAAGAUAAGAAAAGACAAAAUAAACCCGAAGGACCUAAAAGAGAAGCUAUCUUAGAUCUCAAUAAAUAUUAUAACCAAAAAAUAAGAGUGAAAUUUAUUGGGGGAAGACAAAUAGUUGGAAUAUUGAAAGGGUUUGAUCAAUUGAUGAACUUAGUAUUAGAAGAUGUUGAAGAAAAUUUAAGAGAUCCUGAUGAUGAUUCAGUUUUAACUGGUAAUAUCAGAAAAUUAAGUAAAGUUGUUGUAAGAGGACCUUCAUUAUUGACUAUUUCUCCAUUAGAUGGAAGUGAAAUCAUUGACAAUCCUUUCCAACAAUAA